AUGAAUUCAAACAAUUUAAAUGAAGAUUUUUAUCAAACCGCUAUUAAUUAUUAUGGAAUUAAAGAAAUACUUGAAAAUUUUGGUAAUGAAAAAGAACGAAUAGGUCAAGGUUCUUGCAUAGUUUAUAAAACAAAAUGUGAAUCCCUUGGAGGAAUUUUAAUAGCGAUUAAAGAAGUAAAUAUAACUUCAGAUGAUUGUAAAAAUCGCACUAUAAAAACUUUUGUUAAUGAGUUGAAAAUUUAUAAUCGUAUUGAUAAUGGAAGAAUUAUUCAAUUUUAUGGCAUAAGCCGAAACGUUAAAGAAAGAUUAUAUUAUUUAGUAUUAGAAUAUGCAAAUCAAGGAAAUUUACGUGAAUAUAUCAAUGUUAAAAACUGUAAUGAAAACGGUUUUGAAUGGACGGAAAGGGUAUUCCUCGCAACUCAAAUUGCGGAAGGGCUUUGUUAUCUUCAUGAUGAAUUAAAUAUUGCACAUCGUGACUUGCAUACGAAAAAUAUUCUUAUUAAUGAUGGUAACAUUAAGAUAUCGGAUUUUGGAUUAUCUAAAAAUUUAGAAAGUACAAUGUCAUCUGGUAAUAAGUUUUUUGGAAUUAUUCCAUUUAUUGAUCCGCAUAAAUUAAAUAAUAGGAAUGUUCCAUUAGAUAAAAGAUCUGAUAUUUAUAGUUUAGGAAUGGAUAUUCUCCUUCCCUGUCUUCUCUGGCUAUUUCUGAGAACUUAG